UGUUGGGUUGGUUGCGUCCGUGUUUUGUGUCACUGUCAGUUAUCUUUGCUUUGGAAGUAAAAAAAAAACUAAGCUGACACUAUAACACACUAUAGCUUUCAUUAAAUACUAUAUAUUCAUUUAUUGUAAGUGAAUUUCUGGUUAUAAUCUGUGAUGGCUGUUUCGAAGUCGACGAACACGUAUAAUCGUCAAAAUUGGGAAGAUUCGGACUUUCCAAUAUUAUGUCAGACGUGCUUGGGCGAUAACCCAUACAUACGAAUGACAAAAGAAAAAUAUGGCAAAGAGUGCAAAAUAUGUGCACGUCCAUUCACUGUCUUCCGCUGGUGUCCUGGAUCUCGGAUGCGCUUCAAGAAAACAGAAAUUUGUCAGACAUGUUCAAAGUUGAAGAAUGUUUGCCAGACUUGUCUUUUGGAUCUUGAAUAUGGACUGCCAAUUCAAGUUAGAGAUGCUGCUCUUAAAAUUCAAGAUGAUCUACCACGAAAUGAAGUGAAUAAGGAGUACUACAUCCAAAAUUUGGACAAUCAGAUGUCUAAAUUUGAUGCGACACAACCAAGCAAUUCUGCUUUGAAAUCGAAGGGAGCAUCAGAUCUUUUGUUACGUUUGGCUCGUACGGCUCCUUAUUAUAAAAGAAAUAGACCGCAUGUGUGUUCUUUCUGGGUGAAAGGGGAGUGUCGGCGAGGUGAAGAAUGUCCAUAUCGCCAUGAGAAGCCUACUGACCCUGAUGAUCCUUUAGCUGACCAAAACAUCAAGGACAGAUACUAUGGUGUGAAUGAUCCUGUGGCUGAGAAAUUGAUGCGUCGAGCGGCCGCCAUGCCUGCCCUGCCGCCGCCGGAAGAUAGGACCGUCACCACGCUGUAUGUUGGCAAUCUUCCAGAAAACACCACUGAAGAUGAACUCAGGGGCCAUUUCUAUCAAUAUGGAGAAAUAAGGUCCCUCACUCUUGUGCCUAGAGCACAGUGUGCAUUUGUGCAGUACACAACAAGGAGUGCAGCGGAACAUGCCGCUGAGAAGACUUUCAACAGACUUGUGAUUGGAGGCAAGAGGCUCACUAUCAAAUGGGGAAAAUCACAAGGUCGACAAGGAAUUAACGAGAAGAAUGAAACAGCUCCGAUGUUGGAGCCAGUGCCCGGUCUGCCGGGCACUCUACCGCCGCCGCCAGCGUUCUUACAUCCAUUCCCCCCGCAGAUGCCGCCACCACCAAAUCGACCUAACGACUUCUUCAAUCUACACCACUACGGCGGUGGCGGAUGGGCGUGGGGCGGGGCGCUGGCCCCGGGCGCGCGUCCGCCGGGUCCGCCGCCGCCGCCCGCGCCGCUGCACUACCCCAGCCAGGACCCCGCGCGUCUCGGGGCGCACGCGCACGCCAACCAACCGCAGACAUAGUGAUAGUGACAAGUGACGAGUGUUUAGUGACAGUGACAUUUGUAUUGUAGGCUUGAGUUUCCAGAUUCAGAAAGGUUUUUUGGAGCAUUUCAGAAGUUAAGUUUCAAAUAUAACUUCAUUCUCAGCCUGAGGGAUUUAUACAAUUUGUGCAAAUAUAAUGAACCAUGUGACCUUAUUAUCAUACAGUCAUCUGUAUAUUAGUCACAUGUAGAUAGACAAUAUUCAUCUAAUAACUGAAUUAAUCAUUAAAUUUUUCAAUAUGAAUCAAUACUGUUUUGUCUAUGAAUUAUAAGAAUUAGUCUCCAACUUCAAACAUUGCCACAUACAUUUAUGUACUAAUCUAAAACUUGACAAAUUUUGUUGUUUUAUCAUGUCAUUUGAUAGCGAUUGGAUAGUAUAAUUGGAAUGAGUGUUAUUCUAAUAGCUUAAGAUGUAAUUAAGGAUUUUUUAAACAGAACCAUCAACUAGUUUUGUUCUGUACAUAACAAAAUGGAAAUAAAAAUUAGGUUAAUAACA